AUGUCCGUUCCGAAUAUUACAAUUCCCGUCGGCGAUGUGGUGCAGAUAGUCCUUUCGGCCUGCACGCUGGCCGUGAUGAUCCUCAACCUGGCAUAUAAGAUUCUCUCGCAGUCGGCGCGGGCAAAGCCCACCGCCGACUUCGACGUCGAGAACGCCGUCGCGGGAAGCGCCGACGCCACCGACCGGAAAUUCCCGUCCAUCGGACGGCAGCUGACGCGUUACCUCCGCACGUACUCCGAGCUGCUGCUCGAUUUCCACCGGCACACCGUGGUCGACGGCGCUUACCGGCUGCGCCGCAGCCUAUCGGACGUGCUGCUUACUGGCGGUAAGGAGGCGGCUGCAGCUCCUCCUUGCCGCGCCGCUUAG